AUGAGCAGUGACAUCCCCGUGAAGCUCGGCCACUACCGCCUGGGCGAGACGCUCGGGACGGGCUCCUUCGGGAAGGUCAAGCUCGCGGAGCAUGAGAUCACGGGGCACAAGGUCGCGAUCAAGAUCCUCAACCGCAACAAGAUUCGGUCGCUCGAGAUGGGCGAGAAGGUCCGGCGCGAGAUUAGCUUGCUCCGCAAGAUGCAGCAUCCGCACAUCAUCCGCCUCUACGAGGUCAUCGACACGCCCACGGAUAUCUUCAUGGUGCUCGAAUACGUGGCUGGCGGCGAGCUCUUUGACUACAUCGUGUCCAAAGGCCGCCUCUCGCCGGACGAAGCCCGCCACUUCUUCCACCAGAUUGUGUCGGGCGUCGAGUACUGCCACUUCCACCGCGUCGUCCACCGCGACCUCAAGCCCGAAAACCUCCUCCUCGACGCCGACAACAACGUCAAGAUCGCCGACUUUGGCCUCUCCAACAUCAUGAAGGACGGCGACUUUCUGCGCACGUCGUGCGGGUCGCCCAACUAUGCGGCCCCCGAGGUCAUCUCGGGCAACUUAUAUGCCGGGCCCGAGGUCGACGUCUGGUCCUGCGGCGUCAUCCUCUACGCGCUUCUCUGCGGCGCGCUGCCCUUUGACGACGAGAGCAUCCCCAACCUCUUCAAGAAGAUCCGCGGCGGCAUGUACAGCCUCCCGUCGCACCUCUCGGAGCACGCGCGGGACCUCAUUCCGCGCAUGCUCGUCGUGGACCCGAUGAAGCGCAUUACGAUCCCAGAGAUUCGGCAGCACCCGUGGUUCCAGACCAACCUCCCGCCGUAUCUGCAGCACCCGCCCGAGAGCAUUGAGCAAGUCGCCAUGGUGCUGGACGACGACGUCGUGACCCAGUGCUUGGCGCUCAACUUUCCUGGCGUCUCCCGCGAAGCCAUUGUGCACUGCGUCCUGAACAAGGAGCACGGGCCUCUGCGCGUCGCGUACGACCUCAUGCUCGACCACAAGAACGCCAAGAAGCGCAUCGACGAGCUCCGGAACACAAAGAAGCUCGAUAUGACGCCCAAGACGUUUUCGCAGCCCGACCCGACGCUCCUGAUUCCAGGGCGAGGCCCGAUUCCGAUGGCGGCGUCACCGAUGAUCACGGCGUCGCCCGUGGACCCGCGGCAGUUUGGCGGUCGGUCGCAGUACCAGCAAAUGAACCGGACGGCGGCGGCGCCGGUGAUGAACCCGACGCCGUCGCAAGAGUCGGUGGCCGAAAAGAAGCGGCGGCGCUGGUACCUCGGCAUCCAGAGUAAGAAGGAGCCGGCGCACGUCAUGUCGGAGGUGUACAAGGCGCUGCACGUGCUGCACUUUGAGUGGAAGGUGCUCGCGCCGUACCGCGUGAAAUGCCGGUGGCAUCUUGCGAACGUGCCGGACGCCAACCCGAUGAAGCAGAUCAAGAUUGGGCUCCAGCUCUACAAGGUUCAGCAACAUAUUUAUCUCCUCGACUUUCAAAAGCUGGGCGGCGACGCGUUCACGUACAUGAACCUCUGCGCACGCAUCAUUACGGAGCUCAAGACGCUCUCGGGCGUCCGACCGCUCAACCCAAACGACCUCCAGCAACAAAUGAUGAUGACGACGCAGCACACGCACCAGCACCACAACCCGCACAUUCAUUUGCACUGA